GGCCCAGGGCCUACGGAGCGGCGUGACGAAGCUGACGUGACGGACGGAGAAUAAUAAGCAAGACGCGGGCGCGAAGUUGCGUGCGGGGCGGGCGUACGCGCUGUUUCCUUUGUGUGAGGCGGCCUGUGCUGCUGCUUUACGCUAAAGCUGGAGGCUCCUUCGACUGGCUCAGCCAUGGUCAAAAAGCGGAAAAGGGUCGUGAUUGAUUCCGAUUCCGAGGACAGCGCUAGUGACGACAACCUCGACCAGGAGCUCUUGUCUUUAGCAAAGCGGAAAAGGAAUGACUCAGAAGAACAACAGGAGCCAGUCAGCAAGUCGGCAGCUUCUACAGAUUCGGAAACAUCGGACAGUGAUGAUGAGUGGACUGUGGGAGGAACAAAGUCUAAAAAGAAGACUAAAAUGGGAAAAGGAGAGAAAAAAGGAGCCACAAAGAAACGAAUCAACAAAGCAGCUUCAUCAGGCAGUUCCAAUGGAGACAGUUCAGCUGAAAGCUCUGCUCCAGAAGAAGGGGAGGUAUCAGACUCUGAAAGUAACAGCUCAUCAUCUAGUUCAGAUUCAGAGUCCUCCUCAGAAGAUGAGGAGUUUCAUGAUGGGUAUGGAGAGGAUCUAAUGGGAGAUGAGGAGGAUCGGGCACGUCUUGAACAAAUGACCGAGAAGGAGAGAGAGCAGGAGCUGUUCAAUCGAAUUGAGAAGCGAGACGUGUUGAAAAGGAGGUUUGAAAUCAAGAAAAAGCUAAAAAUGGCAAAGAAAAAAGAGAAGAAAAAGAAACAAGAGGAGGAGCAGGAGAAAAAGAAGCAAUCUCAGAUUCAAGAUGUUCAGGGAGGGAUGUCUCAUAACAAAGAGAGACGGUCUAAACGAGAUGAAAAGCUAGAUAAGAAAUCUCAGGCAAUGGAGGAAUUAAAAGCAGAGCGAGAGAAAAAGAAAAACAAGACAGCUGAGCUUUUAGCAAAAAAACAACCCUUAAAAAUGAGUGAAGUGUACACAGAUGAUGAAGAGGAAGAGGAUGAAGAUAAAUCAAGUGUGAAGUCAGAAAGAUCUUCAAGGUCAUCUUCAUCUGAUGAAGCAGAGGAGGCAGAAGAUAGUCCUCCCAAAUCCCUGCCAGUAUCUCUUCCAGAAGAGCUCAACAGGAUUCGCUUAUCACGGCACAAACUUGAACGAUGGUGUCACAUGCCAUUUUUUGCGAAGACUGUAACAGGCUGUUUUGUUAGGAUAGGAAUUGGAAACAGCAGCAGUAAACCAGUGUAUAGGGUGGCUGAAAUAGUAGAUGUCGUGGAAACAGCGAAAGUUUACCAGUUGGGAACAACAAGAACAAACAAAGGUCUGCAGUUGAGGCAUGGUAAUGACACACGUGUUUUUCGCUUGGAAUUUGUAUCAAACCAGGAGUUUACAGAAAGUGAAUUCAUGAAAUGGAAAGAAGCGAUGGUGGUGGCGGGAAUGCAAGUCCCUACAUUGGAUGAAAUCACAAAGAAGGAACAAGCCAUUAAAGAAGCACUAAACUACAAAUUCAAUGAUAAGGACAUUGAAGAUAUUGUGAAAGAGAAGGACAGAUUUCGCAAAGCACCUCCUAAUUAUGCUAUGAAGAAAACACAGCUGUUAAAAGAGAAGGCCAUGGCAGAAGAAUCAGGAGAUACAGAAAAAGUGAAGCAAAUUCAGGAUCAGCUUAAUGAGCUUGAAGAGAGAGCUGAGGCUUUGGACCGCCAAAGAACAAAAAAUAUCUCUGCUAUCAGUUAUAUUAAUCAAAGGAACAGAAGCUGGAACAUUGUUGAAUCAGAAAAAGCACUUGUGGCUGAAGGUCAAAAUUCCAAGAACCAACAGAUGGACCCAUUUACAAGGCGGCAAUGCAAACCCACCAUGGUUUCAAAUGCUCGAGAUCCGUCAGUACAUGCUGCUAUUCUUGCCCAUUUAAACCAGAAAUAUGGUUCUGGCUCUACUCCAGAUAAUGUGCAAGAAAAAAAUACACCGGGAGCGGGCCCAAAAGACAAGGAUGUUGCCAAAACCACCAGUGAUCUAUCAGAGGAUCUUUUCAAGGUCCACGACUUUGAUGUCAAAAUUGACCUUCAGGUUCCCAGCACAGAGGCUAAAUCAUUGUCUGUGACCUCCAAUAUCCCCCAAGUUAAAGAUGGCGCUCCACGAAGAUCACUGAACCUAGAGGAUUACAAGAAGCGACGAGGACUCAUCUGAGCAGAUAAGCAGUUGCAACUCUGCCUGAACUUGACUAUCUCAGCUGUAAUUUCAUAGUAAAUUAAUGAACAUUUUCAGUUUUGGUAAAAAUGGACUUCAUACAUAUUGCCAUCAAGCAAAUGAUUUAACGAGAAGAAAAAAAAAAUGUUUGCAGAAUAUACGUUGAGCUGCACCUGAUAUCUAUUUUUUUUUUAUUCUCCUAUGUUCUCAACCUUGUUUGUCCUCCUCCAUUGCAGUGAUUGUGGAACUUCCAGAAAUGUCCACAUUUUAACAGGUGUAUUUAAGAGUUCUUUCUAGAUGAAGUGGAACUUUCAGUUGGAAUGUAAUACUUGUUUAUCAGUGAAUGUUUUUUUUUUCCCAUUUGGCAGCUCCAAUUCUCCAGGUGGAGCAGAAUUCUCUUCAGGCCUCAGAUGCCAUAUUGGUUAUCGGUAUGGGCACGAACUUAACCAAAACUAAACAUUUAAGAAGCUUAACAACUCUGGCAUCUCCUGGAUAUUCUCUGGGUGAUGAGUUUGUCAUCAGAAUAUGUACAUUAAAUAGCAGCAUCAAACUUUUUAUAUAUAAAAACAGUGUUACUGUGGAACAUAUAUGAGAGAACCUUUUAAAAGAAAAUAAUCUUGUAUGUUCAGAAAUCUUGUACAUUUACCCCGCAGAUAAUAGUAAGUGUUCCGUAUGUGUCCUAGAAAAAUUUCUUAUUAAAUUGGCAUGCCAUGUAAAUAUGUGAUUUCAUUGGGUGCUGCUCAAUAAAGAGGAACUACUGUUUCAUAGAA